AUGUAUACGCCGUCUGUGGCCUCGGAAGAGUCUGAUGGCGAGGAUAUUGCCGUGGCUAUGGCAAUUCCUCAGUUGCCAAAAGACGUCGGUACACCGGUGCUGGAGCCAUACAUGAGACGGUUACGCCAUGUGGUUGGUGUUGCGCUGAGAAAUAUCACUUGGGAUACGAAACAGGUGAGGAAGAGCAGUAUAUCAGAUAUAAUCCGUCAUGGAUCUGUUUCUUCGACAGACGAAGGGUUCAACUCGUCAAUAGGGGCAACCCAGCCAACUUCGACAUCCCAAACUCAUCAGACUCAAACAGGGGGUUCGGAAAUAUCAGGUGUUGAUCUAGGUCGAGAUGCGGAUGACGAAUCUGUACUGGAGAGCCCGACAAAAUCACGACGUCGGCGGACGAUAAGAGCGCCGAAUCAGAUCAUGUUCAAUCCUGAGGUUCAACAGGCACUCCAUGACUUGAACUCAGAACGGCUGCUGGACACUAUGUUUGCAUUAUAUGUCCCAGGAAGGACUAAACCCAUCUAUAUCAGUGAGAUGGUGACUGGGUCGAUGAACCCUGAAUUCACCGAGAUUGACUUGCCUUCCAAUUUACAAUUGUCGGGCUCGUCGACCUCGUCAAGCUCGUCAAACUCUUUGCAUUCUUCUACUCUUGGGAUUCGUAGCUUGACUACUUUUGUCAUUUCUGUGUGGGGUAGAAUUGAUACCUCUGAUCAGUCAGAUACUAAUGGAAGUAUCAAUGGAUCUGGAUCUGGGUCGGGGACCAAGAAAUGGAAAAAUAUAUUUACGGAGGUUGUCGACCUCGCCAAGCUAAAUUUUAUAGGAAAGUCCAUGGACACUAUAACAAUGGCAUUCCCACUCAAUUCAGUUGUAGUAUACCUGACAGAUGGAUGCUAUGUUCUUCCUAAAGCACAGAUUCUCAGUAGACAAGUCAACUUUAGAACACGCCAUGACUCGGCUAAAAGUACCUCUAGUAGAACUCAUUUGGGUCAUAAUCAUACCAACGGCUAUGCAGUCCCAUCUCUGACAUUCGACUCGAUCAUGAAACUUAAUAACCUCGAAGAAUGUAUAGCAGACGCUCAAGCGACAAUAACGUCUGUUUCUGAAGCAAUCACCGAAAAGCUACGGCCCUACGACUCGAACUUACUGAUUCUUUCGAAACGGCGGUCUGAACUAGAACAAAAACAUUCCCGCAUUAAAAACAGAAUCGACCGAGAAACUCAGGCUACAAAAACCAUUCUUCAACAAAUAAAUGACCAGAAAAAGAGCAUUCAAGCCCGAAAACUGAAACUGAGCCAGGAAAUGGGACUUCAGAAAGAAGCCAAGAUGUUCUUGACUAACGAGACUGCUACAUUAACAAUACAAAAACAGGAAAUCCACAGUCAAGUACAACUGGCUACUGUCGAGUUAGCUAGGAUAUCGACCUGUUUACAAGAAAUAUUCCCUAUAGAACGGCGAAGAGGCUCGAGUUCUAAUAACGACAAACGAGGCGAAUUCUCGUUUACUAUUUGCGGACUCGACCUUCCUGAUGCCACUGCUGCUGCAAUUGCGACUCGUCUCUAUGACGAAGACGAAAUAGCUGCUGCCUAUGGACUAGUCACUCAACUCGUCUACCUCUUGUCGUGCUAUAUAGGAGUACCACUGCGGUAUCCUGUACAGGCAUAUGGCAGCCAGUCUUUUGUGGUCGACCCUAUCAGUGCCAUUCAAGGCUCCCGGUCUUUUCCACUAUGGACCAAGGGAUCUAUAUUCUACAGAUUUGAAUAUGGAGUAUAUCUAUUCCACAAGGACAUUGAGCAACUGGUCAAUUCUGCAUCUUUGCCAGUAGUAGACUUGCGUCACACUCUGGCCAAUAUCAAAAAUUUGCUGCUCGUCUUAUCUUCUCCCGGGACUACUACGAAGAAAAUCGAGAUCUAG